GAGAGAAGCGAGGUGCGGAGUGUGAGUCGGCGGUAGGCUUGGCCCUCGCGAGCGAGAGAGCGGAGUCGCAGCCUGUCAGAGUCCACAGUCCUAACUCGGCCUCAGGCUGCGAUAGAUCGUAUCUCUUUCCUCGUGGCACCGAUCCCGCCGCGGAGCAGUAGUCAUUCAGAUCUCGCGAUCGAGCGAAUCGCGCGCGACACAGUAGCGUCGUGGAUCGCGAGCGUGCGUGCGCGCGUGGCGCAAUCGAGCCCCUUUUCUUCUCGCCGCUGCCGGCCGGAUCCCCGUCUGACCGAUCGCGAGUGAACGAACGACCUUCGACUACCGCGAAAAAUCUCUCGCGGGUGACUCGACCAACCCUCACCUAUUUCCCCCUAAGGAAAAUCAUCAUUUCUCCGCCGAUCGUCGUCGAAGCGAGGAAGCGGACGCGAGGGCGGAUUAUCGCAAUCGCGUUCGUAAAAGAACGGGAUAUCUGGAUACUGUUACGAGAGAUGCUCCCGAGAUCACGGUGUUGCCGAAACCACGUCUGAGCAAGCGAAUCGUAAAUCAGAUUGAAAAAUGCAGGCGACACCGCCUCUGCUGUCUUUUCUCCUGAUCCUUCUGUAUCAUUCGGGAUGGGUCGACGGGCACUGCAAGUUGAAGAACAGCACCACAGCGUGGUGCGAUCAGCUGGAGGACCUCGAGAAUAUCGAGACGCAUAGUCUGGAAAUCUUGAGUGCUCCAGCCGCACAAGAUGUUUUAGUACCGGGUCUCUUCGCCAAUCUGACUAGCCUUAGGCAUCUUGACCUAUCCAACGGCGAUCUAAAGAAGAUCGAACCAGGAAGUUUUCGAACCUUAAGUAAUUUAAGAAGUCUCAAUCUCGGCGACAAUCGCAUCGAAUACCUGGAACUAGCGUCCCUAGAAGGCUUGACCCAUCUGCGAAGCCUGAACCUACGGAGGAAUGUCAUCAAGCAACUGCCGCCCGCGCUGGCGCGCCUAAAGAAUCUUAAGCAUUUGGAUAUUUACGGUAAUCCGCUCGAAUGCAACUGCGCCACCCUCCAAGUUCGCGAUCUUAUCACGCAAAGGGGCGUGACGGUGUCGAAGAAGGUUGUGUGCGCGGGUCCUGGUAACAUGAAGGGCACGUCGCUGAUGAAACCGACCGCGGCAAUUAUCUGCAGCUUCGAGGAGCAGGAUCGGGAAAUGCAGAACGAUCAAGCGGACGGAUCCGGAGAUCCGGAUGAAGGAUCCGGAGACAUCAUGGGGGAGGAGGAAGAGGAAGACGAUGAGUACGUGGAGGUUAGUAGCACGUCGGAAAAGUUGAAGGAACCAGAAGUCGAGACGCCUUCCUCAAUUUUGGUGGAUCCCUCGGCAGAAUCUUCCGUUUCGAAGGAGGUCACUACCGCAACAACGAAACAUGACGCUAAUGACGACGAAAUUUUCUUUGACAAUGAAGACAAGAAGGCGCAUUCGUCCACGACUGAGAUGUCGCAGAAGAAAGAGGAUAUUAAGGAUGCUCUGUUUUAUCCAAGGGAGGGCUCUGGUGACGAGGAAGGUUCCGGCGAAGGAUCCGGUAUCACUGGAGCGCAUUACGACGAAGAGGAGACCGAUAAGGAAGAUACCGAGGAGGAAUCGGUAGUAACUAGUAUAUGGAAUACGAUUAUGGGUGGCAUUAUGGGAACUGCCGUGACUACGUCGACCGCUAAAGAUCCAGAUCUUGAGGAAGAACAAUUUAUCGAUAUGUCUUCCACCAAACUGGCUACUGAGGAGCCGAUCGUGCCUGACAAUAGUCAUUCAGUCGAAUCCGAUAAAACCACUGAGGCUACCACGAAAGCCAUACCGCCCGAUUCGAAUGCCAACGAUGUAUUAUUGAUUAAAACUCCUCCGGACGACGAUAAAUCUGGUAAUAUGAUGGAUAGAGAUAACAAUGAACAAGCGGUAUCUUCACCCAAGCAAUCCAAGAAAGGCAUGGGCUCGUACGUCGUGUUAGCGGUUUUGCUCGCUAUUGUGGCAGCGUUGAUCGGUUUCGCCGCAUACAGAGGUGAUAUAUGUAGAAAGAGGAAACCACCCGACGUAGAAACAGGCACUGAGAUGAAAGAGAUACAGAAGUCUCUUUUAGAGCACGGUGAAAAUUCGACUCAACCGAAGAGGGAGAACACCUACGUAACGGAGAACGAUCCUCUCGUGAAAGUCAAAUCUGCCGAUGACGACGCGAAGAUUGACGAGAUUCACGAUGAUGACUAUCAGACGCAAGAAGCGCCACGUCUCAAUGGUAAUGUCGAACAUUCGGAGCCCGUGAAGCCGCCUCGAAAGCAACUUUCGCAUGACGAAAGUGCAAUUCCGCAAGACGGCGAGACGAGAGAGGAGAGGCCUCGCGUGGACGUGAAUUCUUUGAAGAAGAACUUCCUGGAGGAUAAGCUCCCACAGCCUUCCACCUCAUCGCUAGCGACGACCAAUGGACCGACGACGCACGUUCCGGAGACCAAUGGACCACCGAUCAGUCCCGGGGCUCAAAGAGUGAAGAUCGUUCUUCAAGAUAUUCCCGAGAGUGUGCCAAAGACGCCCAUACUCAUUACGCGAACAAUGGCUGGUGAAAAUCUAGUCAAGACGCCAUGAAGCAGCGGGAAGAGAAUCCACGCGAGAUAACGAACGUUAUGUCGACCGAUCGACGUGAUCGUCUGUCGAACAUAAAUCGACAAAUAUGUGGUGCAGGAACAAAGGAGAGUUUUCUUUUUUCUUUUUUCUUUUUUUUUACGAAUGCGACGUGUCUCAGAUGUGAUUUAUAAUAACGCCGUUGUUCCUAGGGCUGCGCAAGUUGACUCCUCGCGAUGGAUUUUUGUAAUAAAGAAAGAUCACCGAGAUCAGAGACCAUACACGCGCUGACCGUGACUAGGGGGACUAUUGUUUUUUCGGCAGGAAGCUGAAAGUGUGCAAAAGGUGUCCGAGGGACAGGUGUACCUCGGGCCGCUUCGUUGAACAAUCAUCAGACGCACGAAAUGCUACAUGUGUCUACUCGCUGAAACUAUCUGCAGAAUGUCCUACGGGUAUCGUGUAUUUUUUUUUUUUAUUUGCGACUGUCUUACAAGGAAAUCUCGCGAAAUCGUUAAUUUCGUGAAAUUUAUACGUAUAAGUGAAACAAAUAAAUGAAUGCAGAAAUUAUCAGUUGACGAUAGCUCGUAUAAUCCGUGAGCUAUUUUUUAUCAAAUCAAUUACCCGUUUUUGUUAAUUUAAUAAAGCGAAUUUAAUAAUGCGCGGUAUCCUGGACAUCCUGUGUCUAUACCAUGCGCGUAGAAAUCCGCGGAUGGAGUAAGGUUCGAAGUUAACGCUCCAGUACACUAGUCAGUCUUCCUAACGGAUCUCGCGUGUUCCGCGAGCGCCAGAGCGAGGAUCAUGAGUAUCCCGCGGUGCUCGUUGUCGCGCGAGAUCGCAUCGCGAGGAUCCUUAGAUUAAUCGAGGAUCAGAAAAUGUUCGCCAUACGUCGGGCGUCGAUGAGCAUUCCAGUUCUGCCAUAUUUUUCUACGCAUCGAAGAUUUAAAUGUUACACCGUAACGCGCGCCGGCCUUACGCCGUCCUUCGAUCGAAUCAGAUUGUUUGCCAACGCGUACCUCGUAGUUUUUAGCGCGGCGUUUUACGUACGGCACGUCCGAUCGCGGCUUGAACUCAAAGAAUUUGUAAUUCAAUGAGAGGUAAAGUUUGCUAAUUAUGAAUAAUGGUCUUUGAGACAAAGAGGUUGUAGCUAUGGAGUGCGAACGCUUGAUGAACGAUUUGACUAAUACUGCUAGUGCUGUAGAACUAUUCACGUCAGAGAAAAUAUAUACGUAAUGUUCUGUUAUCAUGUUAUUCCUUUUGUAGCGAACGACAGGAGAUCCCCUCGCGACCUUAGAGGCGUGCGCGUUUCAGAAAGACAGGGACUCCGCAUCUUCAUUAUGCAUUAACGUAUUUAUUCGUUGCGCAUCGCGCAAGUUAAGAGGCGGACAGAUUUCGAGUAUGCGUGUGACGGCACUCCAUCGCGUGAAUAUCGGUUUAAAUGGACGCGUCAUGUAGUUGCGCGCGGCGUAACAAAGCGCCGCAAUGUGUUAUCCAUAUUAUCCAUACGAUUAUUAUUUCUUUACGUACAAUUCUUUAAGUCAAAAAGUGUCGAAUGCUGUUACGACGUAUAUAUAAAUUUAAUUUUAAAAUAGCGCGAACCUCCCGUUAGAUCGAAACUUGUCCCAACGAUAACGCAUCGUCGGAUUUAACUUAGCGAUAAAGUAAGGAGAUCAGUGAAGAUUGUAAGACUUUAUUUAUAUGUUCAGCCUUUGGUCAAUAAAAGAGAGUGUUAUUUUGUUGA